AUGGGACGGAAAUCUGAAAGAGAAACAGGAAGUACAAUACAAAAGAAAUGGAAGAAUAUGCGCGAUUCUUUUGCUAAAGAAUUAGCUAUGCAACGGGGUAAAUCAGGUCAAGGUGCUAUAAAAAAGAAAAAGUAUGUACAUUUCGAUUCUCUGUGGUUUUUGGUACCAUCUCUUCAAAAAAGGGAGACUAGCAGCAAUGUUAAGUCUCCUUCACAAGAUUAUCCUGAUGACACUGAAAACCUUCCACCAACGAAUAAUAAUCGAACCUCAUCCUGUAAAAAGGCCUCCAAAAGCCAAAGUCAUAAUGAUGAUUAUAAACAAAAAUUGUUAGAUUAUUUGAAUAAAAUGCAAAAUAAGUGUGAAUAUGACGAAGACGUAAACUUUUCACAGAUGAUUGUACCGAUGCUACGCAAACUGAAUGAUGAUCAAAAACAUUUUGCUAAGAUAGAAAUUAUGAAUGUUUUGCAAAAAGCCAAAUCUUUCUAUCCAUUUGAAUCAUCAAUCCAUUGUCAAAGAUCAAAAUCACAUUAUCCGCAAUCAUAUUAUACAUAUUCCCCUUCUCCAUCACCAACUAUGCCGAUACAGUCACCAGUUUCAACACCAAUAAUAUCGACUGGGCAACAAACUGGAGCACAGUUUAUUACAGGGCCUGCAAAACAAACCAUCUACUUACCGCUCAAUACUUCUUCUGCUCCAUCAACAUCACAAACACCCAUGGAUUCCAUUCAAAUACUCGAUCAGUCAGAACUAUUGCAAUAUGAACAACAACCUACAGCUGCCAACUAUCUGUCCCAAUUGCAAGAACAAUAA